ACUUUGAAUGAAGAACUUGAAUUGAAAACUGCUCUCUUGUGGAACCAUGUCUAACAUGUCCAAAACUCAGUUACUGAAUAGUGAUGCCAGCACGAAUACAAAUUCUGCAAAUUCCCAUGUGGAAUCGGUGCCGGGUGGUUCAGCGGAGACUGGUCCAAACUCUGUAUCCUCCACACACACCCAAGUGACAAAUCUGACUUCCACAACAAUAAACCCUCCCUCAUCUUCUUCUUCAUCCACCCCUGAGGAGAAUUUGAGUCCUCCUCCUCAGAUGACCUCCAGCACUGCCCUGGACAGUCAACCCACACAACAGAACCUGUCACAGGUCAACGUGUCAUUCCAGUCGACAGCGGUGGUACGGGUCCAGAUUGAGUUGCAUGAUGGGACAGUGUAUGUUGUGGAUUCUAAGGAUGACUCAAAAGUUGUUGAGGACUUGUGUAUUCAGUUGCUUAGGAAACAUUUCAUAAAGAUGGGACCUGCUGCUGUUCAGCUCUUUGGACUGGCUUCUAUAGACAAGAAACGGACACCAAAAAUGCUCUGGGUAAAUCCUUGUAUUACGAUGGAGGAGCUAAAGAAACAGAUUCUAAACUCAGCCACUGCUAAUGCAAAAAAUAUUUUCUACCUGAGGAUCAGGUAUGUUCCAGGGAGAAAGUUUGUGCACAACUUGCCUUUUCUUGGACAGGAUCUCCUAAAGUAUCUGUACCUACAGUGUAAGGACGACUUUGUUAAAAGCCGCCUCAGUGAUAUUUAUGAACAAGACAUAAAGAAUGAGGCCAAGGCCCGAGGUUAUGCUGUUCUCAGCAUCGUCAUUGCCAUUAAAAUGGAGAAUAAAAACUAUGAGGAGGUCCUCAACAAACAGAAACUCGAGUCUUUCUUGCCCUCCCAUCUGAUCGUGAGAUUAUGGAGGGGUUACCAGUUGAAGAAGAACAUGAAGACCAAAACUGAAGAGUUUUUAUCGCAGCACAGUACCACCUCUGUAGAAGAACUCUGGCUGGGUUAUAUCAAGGAUGUUCUGAAUGAGGUACAGAGCUAUGGAGUGGAAAGAUACGAGGCCCAGCAGGUCACUACGGGGAGUCCACGUCCCGUGCGGAUCACACUGGAUGUACAGCAACACGAGGAAAACGGGGGCACUCAGUAUAAGGGACUAUUCAUCCAUAAUGAAUUCUUUUCUUCAAUAGAUGAUUUCCGAGCCAUCCAUAUAUCACCAAACCAUGCUGAGGAAAAGAAAAAGUCCUGGAAUGUUCAUCUAGACAGAUCUAAUGGCUGCCCAGCGGUGUUGAGAUUUGAGAGUAAAUCUGUAGCAGAAUCUUUUGUUUCUGGGAUCAAUGGAUACUAUCGCCUGAUUACGGACUACUACAUGAAUCUUUACCAACAGAUGGAGCUGCCAACCCUGCAGGAGAUUAACAGACUAAAGUGUCAUGGUCCUAUCGAAACAAACACAGCUGUUCGUAAGCUAAAAACCAAGUACCUGUCAGACGAGUACUACAUUCUUAAGCAGAGUAUGUUGGUCUUUGACCAGUUGGCCAUACUGUUUUGUUGUGGUGGACAGACCAGAAAGAGGCUGAUUGACCAGAAGAAGAACCAGUACUGUCUGGAGGGGGAGGAAGAGGAAAAGUUCAAGGACAUCAACAGCAUCAUCAGAUAUAUGUCAGAAGUUCGCAACCUUCUCCCGAAACACCCAGUCAAGGUCAAACCCCAGCAAGAGCCUGUUGAUGUUUUGAGAAAACUCUUUGUGGAAGAAAUAAUUCCAGAUGAAGAGGAGGAAGCAGCCAUGAACAAUCAGAAAAAGAAACCACAUCUUAUCCUCCCAGAAGAGGUCAAGGUCAAAGAAGUCAUAGAACUUGGAAGUUUUACGGAAGUUCGCAUAGGUGACCUUGAAUGUGGAGCUCUACAUGCAGUCAAACAGUUACGUCACACCUCUAAUGAUCAGAUGUUCCGCUGUUUUGAGCACUUUCAGCAUGCUGUUCAACAGCUGAUCAGGAUGGAUGAUCCCAAAUUCUUUGUUCGGGUACAUGGACUUAUCCUGACCACCCCUCCGAUGUUAGUAAUGGAAAAAGCCCAGUAUGGUUCCUUAGCGUCUUUCUUCAAAAAGAGGAAGCCUAACCAACCAAUCAAACCUUUUCAUCUGCUGAAUGCAGCCAGUCAGAUGGCUCAAGGAAUGUUGUUUCUGAAUGAGCAUCACUUGGUUCAUGGAAACCUGCGUUGCCGUAACUUGUUAGUCUUUCGCUAUGAAAUUGAUGACAUUCUGGUAAAGAUCGGGGAUCCUGGAAUGGUUACUCUUCUGAAUAGCCUAGAUCUACUGAAUCAACAGAACAGACACAGGUUACUGUAUUUAGCCCCUGAACUGUACACAGACUAUCAGAAAAAGGAAUUAACUUCACGGAUUUCCAAAAUGACACCACAGUCAGAUGUGUUUGCAUUUGGGACAACCCUUUGGGAAAUGUUUUCUGAUGGACUGAAUCCUGUAGACACACAAAGAUUCUCAAGCUUACCUAAUGACAAAGUUUUAAAAGUCAUGUUCAGAAAAAAGCUUGAUCCUCCCCAUAAAUUGAUGGGAGAUAUGGAAUGGGCAAUAAAAUUAAGAGAAUUGAUGUCUAAGUGCUGGAAUCUAUUAGAGGAAAGACCAGGACCAAACCUCCUACUGAGGGAUUUACGAGCACAGUUGGCAGAUUAUGCGGAGCCUGCAUAUUCCUCCAUCAGAAGAGAGCUUCUUCAUGAUGAAGACAACUUACCUAAAAUGUCUAGAGAAGGCAGCAAUGUUCCGGAUAUCAUCAGUAGUACACAGGAAUCCCAGCCCCGAGCACCCUCUAACUCUCUGUCACCCACAGAAGACACCCUGGAUCCAACCAUGAUUAUCCUGCCAAAUCCGUCAGCUACUGACCGGGAGUCAGUGACCAAGGCUACUGACUCUGUCAUAAAUCGAUCACUUCCAGAACUUCCUCUAGAUCUCAAGUAUAUCAUAAGCUCUCGCAGACUCAACAUUCGGGAAAAUAAGAUCGGAGCUGGCCACUAUGGGGUUGUUAAGCGGGGUUUACUGUACACUAGUCAGGAUGAUAAAUCCAAUCCUCAGGAAAUUGCUGCUAAAGAACUGAAGGGGGAUUUCCAGAAUGUUCUGGACAGCACAGAAUUCAAGGAGGAGGCCAUAUUGAUGUCCAAACUGGAGCACGAUAAUGUGGUUAAAUUCCUCGGAAUCAGUGACAACAUGUUGAUUCUGGAGUACAUAGAAAAUGGUGCCUUAAACAUGUAUCUGAGAAAAUUCCGGAAACAGAAUACCUACCUUCCAGAAUGGAGGCUAAUCAGAAUGAUUAACGAUGUUGCUCAGGGAAUGGCUUACUUGGCUAGUAAGAGGGUGAUUCAUUGUGACCUGGCAGGAAGAAAUGUCCUCCUGACAAACAACUUAGUGGCUAAAAUCACAGACUUUGGUCUGGCAAAGAUCCUACAGCAAGACAAAGAUUACUAUAGGAGAUCUACAGGCAAAGAGCUUCCUCUGAUGUGGUGUUCACCAGAAAGUAUUGCAAGUAGAAAAUUCACAACAAAAGGUGAUGUUUGGAGCUAUGGCAUCCUGAUCUGGGAGGUGUUCACUCAUGCCAAAGCACCUGUUUUGUGCCAAAAUUUCUCCAAAGAGGGUUACCAGAAGCUGGUGGAGGGAAAACGCCUCAGAAGAACCACCCACUGCCCAGAGGUGGUGUACAAAUUUAUGGAAAAAUGCUGGGAAUUUAACCCUGAUGACAGACCUGAUUUCAACCUGGCAUGUCAAAAGUGCAGAGAAUUCACUGAACUUUACCCAGAACCAAAGGAAGAAACAGACAGAUCCCCUCAUCACCAAGAGCCUCUCCCACCUGUUCCGACAGUUCCAAUAGAACCCACAUCCCCGGACCCUGACCCCACAGAUCACGACCCUCCCCCGCAUCUCUCAGACUCCAGACAGACAGACAGGCAAACUUUCCCCGUGAAUCCAAGUGUUACACCAUCCCGUCCAGCUUAUCUGCCAUCAGAAGAUAUAAAAUACAUGAUUAACACAAAUAAUAUUCAACUGGAUGAUGAAGUCAUUGGAAAGGGACAUUUUGGAUUUGUCAAAAGGGGCACUUACAAGAAAGGCAAGGAAAACAUAAUGGUGGCCGCUAAGGUAUUCAAGGCCACAAUUUCAGCAACCAUAGAGAAAGACAUGGUGAAGGAAGUAGACGUCUUAGGAACACUGGACCAUCCUCAUAUAGUCAAAUUCUACGGCUUCACUAAAAAACCAGAGCUUAUGAUGAUCAUGGAGUAUAUAGAGAAUGGCUCACUGAGAAGUUAUCUAGAGGAGAACCGCAGGAAAAAGUGUCGCGUACCAGACUGCAGACUGAUCGCCAUAGCAAUAGAUAUCACUAGGGGGAUGGAGUAUCUUAGUGACGUCAAGGUGUUUCAUUGUGACCUAGCAGCAAGAAAUAUUCUCCUGACUAAGGACUUUAUGGCUAAGAUUGCUGAUUUUGGACUAUCCAAACUCAUGACUACGGAUAAGGACUAUUACACCAGAAAAGGACAAAAUGUUCUACCUCUGCAAUGGUGUGCCCCAGAAGUAAUAGAUAAAACCAAGUAUUCUUCUAAGACAGACGUAUGGAGUUUUGGGGUCGUCUUGUGGGAGUGUUUCAGCCAAGGGGAGAUCCCCCGACUCUGUGACGUAAACAGGGAGGAGUUACGCAAGCUGUCAUACUACUACUUACAAAAAGGUGCACGUCUUCAGAAACCUGCAGGGUGUCACGAGGAGGUAUACGGACUGAUGAUGAAGUGCUGGGAGUGGGAACCAGUCAAGAGACCACCAUUUUCACAGAUUUUUGUUCAAUGUUUAAAAUUACAGGAAAUUCUUGGAAACAACAUGGAAUAAAAAAAAAACAUUGAACUGAUACAGAUCUCUUUGUUUGGGGACCAAGUGACAUUCCCAAAUUUUAUGGUGCAAUAUAAGUUGUUAAUAUAAUGAGUUUAUUUUUCUAGAAGAAAAGGAAACAUUAUCCAGGAAAUGAUAAUGUAUAGAUGUUCAUUUGUCAUUAUGCCUGUGAGACAGUCAACAUCAGAAAUCUAGCAGCAUUAUCUUUCGUAGCAUUUCAAUAAUGAUUAAGGAUGAUUGUAUAGGCAGUUUUUUGAUAGCUAAAGUAAUGUAUACAAAUUUGUAUAUAAAGUUAUUUGUUGUAUUCUAUACAGAGUGUAUUGAUGAUUCUUGUUUUGUUUUAUAGAGAUUUAUCUUCUGUUAUGUGUUGACACGAUAUUUGUUGUUUCCAAUUAUGAUAAAGUCAAUUUAUUUUAGUGAUGAUACAAGAUGUAAAUCCCCCCCCCCCCCAAAAAAAAAAUAUAUAUUACAUAAAAUAUAUAAUUAGAAUCAAAGUACUGUAAGUACUGAUAGACGGUGGCAUGAAUGAUUUUGUUUGUUUAACGUCCCUCGAGAGAAUUUUUCAUUCAUAUUGAGACAUCACUAUUGCCGUUGGUGGGCUGCAAAUUUAGAUCUAUAUUCAGCACUCCAGGCAUUGAGUAGUGAGGGAUCUUUUUUUGACCAGCACUUACUGCGACAUGGGACUUCGGUUUAACUGUCUCCACGUCCUGCAGUGGGAUUCGAACCCGCUACGUAAGGAUCAACUCCUUAGUGUUCGUGACUCUAGAGCAAACUCUAACCACUGUGCCACAUGGCAACUGGCAUUGAAUGAGAUAAAAUAUUAUAAGAAUCUGUAAAAUGAUCUGAUGGAAAUUAUGAAAGUUUAUUGCAAUUUUUCACGAUACAUGUUUUUUAAUAAGUAAAUUUAAUAAGUAAAUUUAUAUUUCCGAAGUAUAAUGAGCAAGGACAUGUAUUAAUUGGAGUUGUUAAUUUAUUGUAUUUCUACAUUAGGUUUAUUAUAAAAUAAGAAUUGAAUAAAAAAAACUAUCCCAAAAUGCCAGAAACGAAACUUCAAUCAUUUCAGUUUUUUUCUAUAUGUUCUAUUGUGGUGUACAGUCAUAAUUGCAAAUUUAAAAUUGAAAACAUAUUCAAGGAUGAUGAACAGAUUGUAAUUAUAUAUUCAAAUAAUGGAUUUUGGGAUGUUUUAGUAUUUCCCCCAUAAAUUAAUGCUUAAAACGUGUCUGCUCAAAUCCAGUUUACCCUAAAUGUUAAAUCAUAAGGGAAUCAAGGUUCCUAAUAUACUCAUGUAUUGACCGAACAUUUUUACUCAUGCAGUGAUCAAUAAUCAAAUUUUGCAUCCCCUCCCCCCCAAAAAAAGGAAAUAUGAACAAUUUUUCAUAACUUAUUGGAAAAGUUCUUGAAAUUUUGAGUAGAAUUGAACCCACAAAAUUUUUUAACAAAAACUUACUUUUCAUAAAGUAUAUGGUAAAAAGGGAAAUGAUGAAUCACUUUUGGCCAUGUACUGUAGAUUGUGUGACAUAAAUCAUAUGCUGAAAGAUAAUGAAAUAGACUUUAACCUUGGAUUCCCAUCUUUGCCAAAUUCCCUGGCAUAAUUAACUUAUUUCUAAAAGCUUGAAAGACUCCAAGAAUUGUAUAGAAGUCUUACUUCUUUGUUUGAUAUAUACUGUUUGAAAAGAAAAAAAAGAAGAACAGAAAAACAAAAUAUUUGUCAGCCUCUAUUUUUCCAUCGACUCAAGCCACGGUUCGGAGUCCGCAUAUAGCUCUCUUCAGAAUGGGAGAAGAUCGUAUAUUUUGGCUGUGGUUUGUGACGAUGCUAUUUAUCAUACGUAAUCUUAAUAUGCACUGACCUUGCUUAUUGCUGCUAGUCAUUGUGCAAUACGAAAUUUAAUUUGUGAACACACGUAGGGGAAGACAGACCUAAAUUAAGCCCACUGAACAAAAGUUUUAUUGUAUAAAAAUUCCACGGUUCAAAUAAAACAUGCAAUUUUGGAACAAGGAAUGUGCAGUCCUCGAAUCAUAUUGUACUUUUGGAAUUGGAGAUCGACGCUUUCCUAGCAUGGAGUAUCUCAUAAUUAGGGGGUAUCAGAACGUCUCGUAAUUACUGUUUGUCGCAUACAACCACCGUGCGAGUGUUUAGCAAUUAUAUAUAAUUAUUUGAUUUCAAAGUUAAAAUGUGAAACCAUUAUUCUCAAAUAUUUUUCCCUAAGGCUUAAAUAUUCUGACAAUUAAUAAAUAUUAUUUUAAAUUUUACAUUAACACAACUUUAAAAAAAGCCGUGUGACUUCUGUAGUUUGCAUACGAAUAUACGAGUCGGUCUGUGUACGAAUUAGUUGUAGAUCAGCGUAAUUUAAUGAAUAUUCAUGAAGCGAGAAAUAUCGAUAAUGGCAAAUGUCAGGAAUUAAGCUUUGUGCCCAUCAACAAAAUGUCUUUAAAAUAACUUGAGAGUAUUUGUUAACUAUGUGCAUUUUUAUUUUCAAACAUCGAAUCAACCCUUUAUUCAUUAUUUUGACUCUGCAAAAAUCACCGCUAGGGUCCCCGUGAUUUUACACUGUUAAUAUUUAUAGCCCAAAAGCAGCAGCAAUAGCCUGUGGCUAUAAAUAGCCACCAUCUAAAAAUAUUGUGAUAUGAAAUAUUGUUCUUAGUCCAUUAAAACAUGGUUUACAGACUUGUAUUUUGAUCUUCGCAUUAAAACUCAAACCUUGGUUAUAAUUUUGAACUUCAGAGGUUAAUGAUUUCAUAUUUGAUAGAAAUCAAAGUCUUGCUUUCAUUCUGUUUUUGUUAACCAAUUGUGUGAUUUAUUUUUUUCUAUAACAUUAAUAAUUUUUGCAAUAAUUUAUAUUUCAUUUUCAUUACUGUACAGUAAAUCUGGUUACAGUGAAGUCCUCGGGACCUGUUGGUUUACUUUGUUCUUUCCAGAAUUUGUUCUUUCUGAAUAACAAAUUCGUAAAAGUACAUGUAUAUAGAGAAUAUUGACAAUAGACUUGUUUUCCUUCUUAUGACUAACAAAUAUGUUAUAGAAGUAUUAUAUACAAAACCUAUCUUGGAAAACAAAGUUUUCUGUGUAAUAAAAUUUCCAUAAUAAAUACUUGAGAAAGCUAGAUAUGUCAGUUUAAUAUUACUACAUUUUUGGAUCUUAAAAAAAAAAUUUGUUAUAAAAAGUUGUGAAUUUCAUUAUAAUUAUUUAUAACCGCUAGGGGACACAAAAUCACUUCACUAUACCAGUAAAUCAGAGUUCGUUAUAACUAAAAUUUUACAAGGAAUUGGUAAAUAUAAUGUUUUGGACCAGGACCUGAAAAUAUGCUAUAUAUCCAUGUUCAUACAAACAAAUUUUAAUAUGGAUGUAUUAUGAAGUAAACAUGUUUUGAUCAUUCAUUUUAUGGUAAAGGUUUUUAAAGAAGAGAAGAAAGUAAAUAAGAUACACAUGUAGUUGGCAUUUUGAAUUUGUUUACUUUUUUUGUGAAGUAAAUUUUGUUUCAGUGAUCUAUGUCAAAUCAACACUUUUGUUUAAUGUAUCUUUGGUACAUGUGACCUCAUGCGUCGGUACACAUGGUUUUAUUCUGCUAUUCCAUUGAUGUAUGGUUGGUAUGCAAGUGAAAAUUAAAGAAUGGAAUGGACUUAUGCAAACAUUAUUAUCAUAUCAUAGCAUUCUAGAAAAGAUGCAGUUUUGAUCUAUUGAAUGCAGCUAUCAUAAUUUUUUUUUUAUGUAAAUAUCUAACUUUUUAUUGCACACACUGGUAUUUGAGUGAAUAUCAUUUUGGCAAAAAUUAAUUUGUUAAAAAAGUUGCCUCUUUAAGUCAAGUACAUGACAUUGAUACUCUGUUUAUCACAAGCUACAUGUAACAUGCAUUGUUUUGUUUUUUCAUUUUUACAUUUAAUGUGAAUUUUUAAAUCUGGGUUUAUUAUAAUGUUUUGUUAUGAAAUAUUUAAAAAAAAAACAGUGCUAAUAUUAUAUCAUCUCUGUAUCCCAGAAAUAAAUGUGCAACCUAUUCAGA